GCAUCCCGAUUCAUUGUGUAUAUUCUAAAGAUAGUUCAGUCUUUGAUACACUGACCAAUAACAGGGCCCCAAGAAACGGUGCAAAUCGAGGCCUUCUUGGGUAUACUGCACAUAAGAACAAUCUUGACAAAUCCGAUGCAGCGCUUCAAUUAAUGAUACACAUGUAUGUUGAAAGAAUCCUAAUAAAGUAUAGAUUUUACUUUUUUCAAACCUUGAUCAUCUAUCCAAUUAUUGGGUCCAAGGAGGAUGCAAAACUCGCCAUUGCUAAUCACGGCCAAUACACGGGGGCUGUUCGAUAUGUAAUGUGUAUUAUACGAUUUUUAGUGAAAUGAACAACAGAUCCCUGAAAUAAAAUAUUCUCCGCGGUUGAAAUGCAUAAACUCAUAUUAACAUUACUUUACCUGUAGUCAAUGUAAAACAGACUAUAGGUCACGUGUAAUGAAUUCUUUUAAUUUCCCCCCCUGUCCUUACCUGUACAUCGUUCCCACCUAGUCAAAACCUUAUAAACCAGAACAUAAUGAUUUGGCGUUCCAUAGUUAAGGGGAGCCCAUAAAAAGGAGAUCUACCACAUAGCUGGAGCAGAACGAAAGAUUCAGAAUGUAUUUGGAGUAUGCACCCAAAACGUUUGAUGAGAUGGACACAGAGUCUAGAACAAAUUACAUCGCAGACGAGAUAAUGAAUUAUUUCCAACUCUCGCAAAGAGUCAGACCGGAAGUGCCCUUAGCUAUCGUCUGCCUGACGAUUUUAGUCAACGUUUCUUUGCUGCUGGCCAUUGUCCUUACUGGAAACAUCAAGAAAUUUCACAGUUUUCUGGAAGUGGCAAGAGGACUGGCCGAGAGUUUAAUGCUUGUAUUAAUAGCAGUUCAAGCUACUAAAAAUAUGUACAACACCACCGAAGCACCGAAAGCCAUUCCAGGUUUUGUUGCCUUUUGGUUUUUCUCCCUUUGUUCAGUGAAUUUAGGUCUAAUAAAGUCCUUCACAGGAUUUUUGCGGUUCACCAACAAACAAACUUUUUCCAGACUACAGUGGCUGAUCAUCAUGGUGGUGGUUGCCGCAUUCACCCUGGUAACAUUUGUGGUUCUGUGUGUGUUGUACGUGAACAAUAUCCUCGCUUUUGUCAUUGUCAUCUGCUUCCUUUACUUCAUACCGUUCAUUACGAUGUGGAUUUUUGACGGAUUAAGAUUGCAUCACCUCCGCUCCAAGAACAAACCAACGAAUGACAGAGCAGAAAUGGUGGAUCUUACACGGACAGCUGACUCACCGCACGUGCAGACAAAACAACAGACAAGACAGUCGGAGAAACCCCUGUCGUUGGUUGAGAUAUUGUGUUUUCUGAUGUACGGAUUCUGUCACACUGUAGCUUUUGCUGUAGUUACUUUAGCCAUCGCGCGAAUCGCCUGGGUAUUCUUCAGACCGGUUUCCAUGGAAGUUCAUCUUCAAAGCGUUCCUGGUAUUAUGUAAAGUUGUACACACUGUGCUUUUUGGCAGUCCAUUCUUGGUGUAAAAGCAAAACUCUAAAGUUGUUCAUUGACUGUUCUCUGUUUAAGGUGCUGGGAUUUUCUUUGUUGAUUAUUAUUAAUUGUUUUGUAUAUUUGAUAGAAUGUAUGCUUUGUACCGCUCAUCUGUAACUAUAUCUCCCAUUAAACAAUUUAUUUCCUUUACCAUGUAUUGAUCUUGUAAUUUUUUAAAGUGACCCUUUACAUGUUUCAGUAUUUAAACCAUAAGUAAAUUAACAGAAUUUCUAAUCAAUUUUAAAUAUGUGAUGGUGUUAAAAAAUAUUUUUAGGUUUUGGCUUUACAGAUGGUUGAGAUACUAUGCCAAAUAAAUAUUCAUGUAUUUGAUAUGUUUAUUACACAAAUUUAGGUAUAUGGUUACUGUACAUAAAUUGAUUUAACUUUGGAAAAUCCGUGGGAUGGGUGGUAGCGUAGAUUGUGCUUCAAUUAUUCAUGAAUUGUCUGUCAAAAUCUAAAGUGAAAUUUGGCAUUUGUAGGUUUGUAUAUUUACAAGGAAAAAUGAGUCGGUUUUUUUCAAUGCAUUUUCUUUAUCCUUUAGAAUGGAAUA